AUGACCGAGUUGAUGACAACAUCCCUGCCCUCAACAGAGUCCACCCUGAAAAAGGGAGCCAUAUAUAACUGGAAUGGAUUCAAAAUAUGCUUUCCACCUCCCGAUCGAAUUCUUCUAACAAGCGUUAAUGUUACUCUAUUCAUCUGCCCGCUUGGGCUGGUGGUAAAUGGGAUUGUGCUCUGGUUCCUUGGCUUCCGCAUUAAGAGGAACCCCUUCUCUGUCUAUGUUCUCAACCUGGCUGCUGCUGACUUUGGCUUCCUCCUCUUCUUGGCUCUUUCCCGCAUAGUCUUUAGAUUGUGUUUAUUGAACUUUUCCAUGUCCUUGGAUUUGUUGCUGGCAUUCACGUUCAGUGCCAGCCUGUCCCUCCUAACAGUAAUCAGUGCAGAAAGGUGUGUGUCUGUUCUUUUCCCCAUCUGGUACCGAUGCCACCGCCCAAAGCACUUGUCUGCCAUUAUCUGUGCCUUGCUCUGGGCUCUCUCCGCCCUGCUCACUGGAGUGAGAUCAUAUGUUUGCUUUUCCGAUUCCAAUGAACAUUGUGAACAUGUGAUCCUACGACUGACUAGCAUAAAUUUCCUUAUAUUCACGCCCAUCACAGUUCUGUCAAGUCUGAUCCUCAUCAUUAAGGUCCGACAAAGCUCCCUGCGACACCAGCCAAGAAAGCUCUACAUUGUUAUCUUGCUCAACGUCCUUUUCUUCCUCCUCUUAGUUGUUCCCUUCAGUAUUGUCGCCUUCUUCCGAGAAUUUAUUAAUUAUGACUAUUUUAUUAAUUCCAUAUUAAUGCUGGCCUCUAUCAACAGCAGCAUUAACCCAGUUAUUUACUACCUUGUUGGGAGCUAUAGGAAUCAACAAUUUAGGGGAUCAGUAAAAAAGGCACUCCAGAGCGUUUUUAAAGAGGAGGCAGAUAACAGAGAUGAAAGGGAUAGUGCUACUUAA